AUAAGCUAAUAAAAUUAAAAAAAUAUUGUUUUACAUAACUCUGUAUUUAUUUUUGAUACUUUUUUAAUGUGUAUCUCAUGCGUAAAUUUCGAUAAUUUAAAAAAAAAUUUAAUUGUUUAAUUGUAUUUUAUACACCAAGUUCGUAGUGUUUUCUAUAUAUACAUUUAAAUUAUAAUUUUAUGCUUGUAUGUUCACUUUCUAAAUAUGAAUGUUAUAAAUAUGACAUUUAUUUAACUAAUUAUUAUAGUUAUUUAAAAAUUAUAUAUAAUAUUUAUAUUCUUUGCAAAUCAAUUUUAAAGCCAUAUCCUACUCUGAACUCGUUGUUAUUCGAAAAGCCAGCUGUUAGGCAACUUGAUAAAUUUACUUGAUAUAACUGCGAAUCUUUUUACUGAAUCUAAUUUUUUAUUUCGGUGAUAAAUUAAAUAUUAUAUUAAAGUUGAGGUGUGCACAAAGUAUAGGGUUUAAAAGAUGUCUUUGGAAAUUCCUUCAAGUCCUGUUUAUCAUACAAGUGUGGAACAGAAGCUUCAUUCGAAAAAUGCCGCCAAAGUAUAUCGCUAUGGUUCGCCAAAAAUUCGUGACCAAUUGCGUGAUAAAUUUCGCAUGCGGGUGCGUGAAGCUAGGCAGGCCAACUUCACUAAGCGCCGUUUGGCUAAUAUAACAGAAGAGUUUGACCUUGAUGAGUUGUUGCGAGAAGAAGUUGCUAACCUGGAAAGCGACUUGCGUUUGCAGGAAGAAAUUUUCAAAGAACUACGCGAUGAGAUAAAUGAAUGGUUUGUACAGGAAUUGGAAGCAGAAGAAAUAUCGCUAAUAAAUGCCGCCGAUGAAGAUGCAAAUAACAAUUCUGUUAUUUGUCCCAUAUGCCAACAAUGCAAUCUUUCUUUUGUAUCCACUAAGGAGAAAGAUGGAAGUAAUAUUUUCAAGUGCACUUGUGGAGUGAGCUUUAAUAAUGCUGUUAAGCCUUUGACCCUACGGGAAAUACUACAUUCGCAAAUAGAUGUGCAUGAGCAAAAUUGUGAUGCCAAUCUCACCUUCUUUUUGGAGCCGCAAAGUGCAUAUGGUGUAGCAACUGAUGCAUGUGUCAACAGUCUUUGUGCUAUUUGUGAUAAAUGUGAUUACUUUUAUAGCUUUUAAGUAUUUAAUCAUUAAGCAUUAUUCUGUCUAUUCUUUAAUUAUAAUAAUGCAGUAGUAGUAUGUAAUUGAAAGAUAAUGCUCGCUAUAAUUAGAAAUUAAUAAGUGAACUGAAUACAAAAUUUAUAAGUUUAUGUGAAUUUAAGAGUUAUCAGCACAUAAUUUUUAUGAUUACUUCUAUAAAUAUGUUUAAAAGGAAAGAUAUAACAAUGUAAAACUCAUUUAUAUAUUGUUGUAUUAUAAACUAUAUGUCGUAUGUGUUGUUUACCUUUUCUCCAAGGAUAAAUCUAAUAUAAACUCAUACAUUUUGAAUAAAUUAUUUAAAAACGAGGCAAUUACAAAACUAA